AAAAAGUCAUUAAAUAAAAUAGAAGAGAGACCGAGGCAGACAGCAACAGUGAAGAAGAAGAAGAGGAAGAGAGAGAAAAGUUGAGAGAGAGAGAGAUAUCAAAGCGUGAAAUUGGAUGCUUGCAACUCAAGAGGCAUAGGAAUCUCGUCUCUCUCUGAAAACCUACUGGAUUCGAUCUGCUUUCAGCUAUGUUGCAAAACAGAUUGAGCAGGUUCUGUUAGUGAUGAGAGGUCUACUUAUACUAAUGCGUCUUUUCGAAAGGUUAUCUAAUGACUUAGAGAAGUAGCUGCUAGCCUGCUAGUAAUUUACAAUUGUGUUGGAGGCAAUUUCAGAGUAAUGGCACAUGUUCUGAUCAAAAAGAAAAAAAAAUGUUCAGAGUAAUGGAAUAUGGUUGAAAAUCAUGAUUAAAUCAUUGGCUUCAACCCAAAAGAUAUAAUAAGAAUUUUUUAUGAUAAUAAGGUGGCUAUUAAUACUAGAAAUAAUCUUGUAGAAUUAAGAAGAGAGAUGAGUAGAUGACUUAAACCCUGCUUGGGAGGGAUUUUUAAAUGAUAAAAGAAGCUUUUGAAGGUUAAACAUAACUUUUAAGAGUAUUUUGAUAAACUUCCAAACAUGGACCCUAUGCUUCCUGACAUGGUUGAUCUAUAUUUUGAAAAGGCUGGGAGGCCUGCACUUUUUUAUUUAAUUUUUUUUUUAAAUAUCAAAAUUAUCUUCAUUCUUAGGAGCAGAAAUUUUAAGAUAUAUUUCUGAGACAUAAAGUGAAUUGCAAAGAAAAAGUAACAACUUUUGCUUAUAUUGCUAAAAGGGGUGGAGCUGGCAAGUAACCCCCUGAAAAAAUAAAGCAUAUAUUGGUUAGAGCUGGUUUGAAUGGUGACUUUGCUGUAAAGGAGGGAAAAUUUGUUACAUUUCCUUGCUGCCCCACCAUUGACUGCAAACCCAGAAGUUAAAAGCUAUCUCAAAUAGGUCCUUAAUUUUAUGCCUUUUGGGAAGAUAUGGAUCAAUUUUUAGUGUAUUGAUCAGAUGAGUGCAAAAAGGGAAUCUUAUAAAGUUUAGUGCAAGCUGGGUUUGUGGAAUGUCUAUGCUCUAGCUUGGUACUUCAACAAUCCUUGUUUCCUUUUUGUUUUUAAAUUAUUUUUUAAUUUUUUUGCUUUGAGAAGAAAGAAUGCACAUAUCAAGAAACAUUAUCUGAGAAAACAUAUUCUAAAAUUUGAUCCAGCUAAUUUAAGUAAAUAUGUUGAUGGAUCACACAACCCAUUCACUACAGUUGGUGUCUAGCAUCCCAUUUUCUAGGGGGAAAAAGGAUAAUGAAAAUAGAAUUGACAAUCAACAAAUUUCUUUAGCAGCAGAAGCAGAAAAUGGAGUAUUGUAGUGUUCUAAUUGUCCCUUUAUUCUUUAUCUGAAUGUUCUUGCUCAAACUAUAAUAUUUGUCUUGUACAUUCAGGUUGACAGAACUGAAUAUUGUGGUUCUUUUAGGUGGUGAAAGGAGAGGUUCCUGUCUCAAACUGCUUGAUGACUUGCUUAAAAUUAAAGGUGUCUGAGAUGAAUUCAGUGACCAGAACAGCAAGAUAAGGUGUCAUAGUCUAUUCAUGGAGAAUGCUGAAAGUGAAAAGGUUUUCUCGAAUGGAGACAUCUAUGUUGGCAAUUUUAAAGGUGUGUUUCCCCAUGGGAAGGGAAAAUAUACAUGGUCGGAUGGAACAGUCUAUGAUGGUGAUUGGGAAGAAGGAAAAAUGACCGGGAAAGGACAGAUAUUUUGGUUCACGGGGGCAAAAUAUGAUGGUGAUUUUUCUGGGGGUUUUCUUCAUGGUUCUGGCACCCUAGUUGGAUCUGAUGGUUCUAGUUAUAGUGGGUCUUGGAGGAUGAACAUUAAGCAUGGGCUUGGAAAAAAGCAGUAUUGUAACUCAGACGUUUAUGAAGGCUUGUGGAAAGAGGGAGUACAUGAAGGCUGUGGUAAGUAUGCUUGGAAUUCUGGAAAUAUUUAUAUUGGAAAUUGGAAAGCUGGGAAAAUGUGUGGUAGAGGGGUUAUGAAAUGGGAAAAUGGUGAUCUUUAUAAUGGAUUUUGGUUGGAUGGGGUUAGACAUGGGUCAGGAUUUUACAGGUUUGUGGAUGGAGGAUAUUAUUUUGGAACAUGGUCUAGGGGUUUAAAGGAUGGACCAGGAACGUACUAUCCUGCAGGAAGUAGACAUCCAUCUCUAACAAAGUGGUGUAGCUCUAUAGAUUAUGAUGACAACAGGAAAACUAUGCUGUCUCAUAGUUCGUCGCUCAACUCAGAGGGGCAUGGGGCUCUGAAACCAAGUGUAAGUCGCAGUCUGUCUGAGACGAUUUCUCGCAGUCUAUCUGAGAAGAUUUCCACUGCUGGCUUCUUUAGAAGUUCAGGUCGAAUAUCACACAGGGCUAUGUCAUUAGAUGAAGAUUGUAGUGUCUGUGAUUCUGCUAGAGAAUUUCUAGCUCAUGACACAUCAGGCAUGUUAUCCCAUGCCUCUGAUGAAGAUCAACACGAGAUGCGCGAUUGCUGUACGUUAGUUUAUGAAAGGGAAUACAUGCAAGGAGUUUUGAUCAAAGAAAAGAUUAGAAGUAGUGCAGUGCCGUCAGAAAAAAAUAAACAACGAAGUAAAUUUCAUGCAAAGGAAGCAAAACAAAGAUCAUGCAUGGGCAUUUUUGAAGAUCAUCAGAGGAGGCGGAGCUAUUAUUUGAUGCUUAAUUUGCAACUUGGUAUCAGGUACACUGUUGGCAAGAUCACACCAGUACCAAUGCGUGAAGUUCGGUCUUCUGAUUUUGGAGAUCGUGCCAGAAUAAGAAUGUAUUUUCCCAGAAAAGGUUCCCAGUUCACACCUCCACACUAUUCUAUCGAUUUCUAUUGGAAGGACUAUUGCCCUAUGGUCUUCAGGAACUUGAGGGAGAUGUUUAAGUUGGAUGCUGCAGAUUACAUGAUGUCCAUCUGCGGUGAUGAUGGUCUCAGGGAGCUUCCUUCUCCAGGGAAAAGUGGCAGUCUCUUCUAUCUUUCUCAUGAUGACAGAUUUUUGAUUAAGACUUUAAAAAAAUCUGAACUAAAGGUUCUACUUAAGAUGCUGCCUAACUAUUACAAUCAUGUAGCAGCACAUGAAAAUACUCUUAUAACAAAAUUUUUUGGGCUUCAUCGGAUUACAUUGAGAGGUGGAAAAAAGGUGCGCUUUAUGGUCAUGGGAAAUAUGUUUUGUACAGAAUUACGAAUUCACCGUCGUUAUGAUUUGAAGGGUUCAUCUCAAGGAAGAUAUACAGAUAAAGACAAAAUUGACUCAAAUACCACAUUGAAAGAUCUUGACUUAUCUUAUGAAUUUCAUAUGGAUAAAUCAUUGCGGAAGUCCCUCUUUCAACAAAUUUCUCUAGACUGCAUGUUCUUGGAAUCUCAACAGAUAAUUGAUUAUAGCCUUCUGUUGGGACUACAUUUUAGUGCUCCUGAGCAUCUGAAGACCCUCUUGGAACUUCCUGAGACAAAUCACAGCCAUGGCAACAACCCUGGUAGUGAUGGUAGUUAUGGUGCCACUUCAAUUGGGGACCUUUGGAUUCCUCCAUCGGGUCUGAUCCUGGUAACCCAUGAGCCCAAUGGCAGCACUGCCCCGGGUCCUCAUAUGAGAGGAAAUCCAUUGAGGGCAUACUCUGUAGGUGACAAAGAAGUUGAUCUUCUUCUGCCUGGUACUGGAAGGUUACGGGUACAGUUGGGAGUAAACAUGCCUGCUCAGGCUAAUCGCAAGGUUCUGCAGGAUGAAGCCAAUUCAAAAGAAGUUGAGCUUUUUGAGGUUUAUGAUGUUGUUCUCUAUCUUGGCAUCAUCGAUAUAUUGCAGGUAUACAAUGUCAGAAAGAAAGCUGAGCAUGCAUACAAAUCACUGCAAUUCGAUCCUCUUACAAUAUCUGUUGUUGAACCCAAGCUGUACUCGAGACGCUUCAUCAAUUUCUUGGAGAAAGUUUUUCCCGAACAACCUUGAAUCGGUAUUUUUUUAAUCUUUUUCUGCUAGUUGUCACGAUUAUAUUGGUACUUGGCUUCCGUGAUAACCGAUACUAAUUCUUUUGCGGUCAUUGAUUGUAAAAUGACAAUAUCACACAAUAAAUGCACCCAUCUUCUUGUUGUAUGUA